AUGUUCGCCCAGCAAAUGCAGUUUAUGGUCCAGAAUGCUCACAUGUCAUCGCUUACUUCUUUUCCUAUGAAUCCGUCACUUGCAGCUAAUCCUGCAAUGGCUUUCAAUCCUUACUUACCUCAUCCUGGGAUGGGCCUGGUUCCCGCUGAACUUGUACCGAAUGCACCUGUUCUGAUUUCUGGAAACCCGCCUCUCGUAUUGCCAGCAGCUGCUGGUCCCAAACUGAUGCGUUCGGAUAAACUGGAGGUUUGCCGAGAAUUCCAGCGUGGAAAUUGUACCCGUGGGGAAAACGAUUGUCGCUAUGCUCACCCCACGCAUGUUUCCAUGAUUGAGGCAAGUGAUAAUACCGUGACGAUCUGCAUGGAUUACAUCAAGGGGCGAUGCACCCGGGAGAAAUGCCGGUACUUUCAUCCUCCUGCACACUUGCAAGCCAAACUCAGGGCAGCUCAUCACCAGAUGAACCAUUCAGCUUCUGCCGCUAUGGCCCUCCAGCCUGGUAUGCUUCAGCUGAUACCACAGAGAUCGGCACUUGAAAAGACCAAUGGUGCCACUCCGGUCUUUAACCCCAGCGUUUUCCACUGCCAGCAGGCUCUGGCUAACCUGCAGCUCCCGCAGCCGGCAUUUAUCCCUGCAGGGCCAAUACUGUGCAUGGCACCCGCUUCAAGUGUUGUGCCCAUGAUGCACAGCGCAGCUCCCACCACUGUGUCUGCAGCACCAACACCUGCCACCAGCGUCCCCUUCGCUGCAACAGCUACAGGCAAUCAGAUACCCCCAUUAUCAGUAGAUGAACUGAAUAGCAGCAUGUUUGUUUCACAGAUGUAGAAGCUACCAGUAGAACAUUGAAAUUCUGAACAACAGAGUUACAGAGUAUCAAGAUCUCUCCGUGAGAACCUCCAUAUGGCCUUUCCAUAGAUAUUCUCAUAGGUCCUCUUCUACCAAUGCUACAAUAAGUGUGAUGUGGUCAAUAUAUUCAACCGAACGCAUAUACCAACCAACAGAUUCAAACAAAACCAAUAAAGCAUUAAACAGUCAGUGGAGAUGUUAAAACAAAACACACAUAGAAAAUGAAUAACUAACAUUUAUCUUAUUUGAAUUAGUAGGUAGAACACGACCAUAAAGUUUUGUAGUUUGUUACAUUAUUCUUUGUGAUUUUCCAAUAACCAUUAUGCUGAGUGAAUCUCCACAGUGGACUGUUGGCUUACUGUGCAUUCUUGGUGGGUAAAUGUUCGUCUGUUUUAAAGUGUUACCUUACUGUUUUGUUUACACAAUAGUCUAUUGGGUUGGUUUAGAAUGUAACAAAUGUAUCCAGUACCAUUUUCCUC